UGGUGCCCCGCGGCCGGCUGGUUCGUCGCGAUGGCGGGAGCUCCCGCGCAGGAGAGCUGCAGAGGCUGCACCUCCGCCAGCUGCGCGUGCGGCGACCGGGGCGCAUGGAGCGAGCCCUCGCUCCUCAGCCGGCGGCUCUCGGGGGGCUCGCCGGGUCGCCGGCUGCUGGAGCAGUGGACGAGCGCGUGGGGCUCCCCGAACGGGCCCGCGGCGGACGCGGAGCGGACGCGGAGCGGGGAGGCGGCGGCCGCGCGGGACGAGGACCGGCCGCUCGUGUUCCUGUGCGCCGGCUGCCGGCGGCCGCUGGGCGACUCGCUGAGCUGGGUGGCCGGGCCGGAGACCAGCUGCAUCCUGCUGCGCAGUGUUUCCAGCAACGUUUCUGUGGAUAAGGAGCAGAUACUGUCCAAACGGGAAAACGAGAAUGGCUGCAUCCUGGAGGCCCUGCGCUGUGCGGGCUGCGCGCUGUCCCUCGGCUACAUCUACCGGUGCACGCCCGGCCACCUGGACUACAAGAGGGACCUGUUCUGCCUCGGCGUGGGGGCCACGGAGAGUUAUGUCCUAGGGUCCUCCGAGAAGCAGAUCGUGUCGGACGACCAGGCGUUCAGUCUUGAGAGCAGAACGGAAAUGGAGAACUCGCUGAAGCAGAUGGAAGACGUUUUGAAAAUCUUGCAGACAAAGCUGCGCGACGUGGAAACGAAGUUGUCCUUGGCCAGUUCCAGGUCUGAGCUGCGCCCCUAGUGCCCGCGGCUCCCGCUGAGGUCGCCGUUCUGGCUGCCACUUCCCCGGACGGGGGGCUCUCGUUGGCCGGGCACCGGCGUGUCCGCGCACCGGCACCGGGAGUAGCUGUGGACUUGCUGUUGGGCUCUGUUUGACGGUGAAGAGAUGACUGUUUCCCGUGUUGAGUUUUACACCCGUUUUGUGACACUUGCUGGGAAUAGAAUGCAGGAGCGUUUGUUCUGAUCAGGAACGGCCAUGCUUUUCUGACCUGUUUCUCCUUGUAUCACGUCCGUCUUCAGUUUGUACUUGCCCGCCACUCCCCUCGGUGCUGAGUGAGAUGAGCGCUGCGUGGCUUUCCGGCCCCGUGCGGCCGGGUCCUCUGAAACGCCCACAGCUCUGGGGAGCAGCAGGGCUCAUCUGUGGGGACUGGAAACCUGCCGGGAGCCGAGCUGACGAGCUCAUAGCGGAGCCCCGGCUCCUGCUCCUGUGGUGCCCGCCCGCCCGCCCAUCGGUGCUUCCAGAGGGAAGCGGUGUCUCCCAGGGCGGCCUGGGGGUUCGUGUCCCGUUUUCCGUGAUGUCAGACCUGCAGGGCGCACGCGAGGCUCAGUCAGGACGAGAAUAAAGAUAAAAGCAGCGCUUCAGGGUGAUUGUGACGGACUGGAUUGUGGCGCGUGAGCCAGAAACCCAGGGCCCACCUCCACUCCUGCACGUGGCGUGUGCGUGGCCUGCUCAGGGUGAAGGUCGCCCUCUGUUGGGGUGCGGGUGUGGGAACUCACCUCACCUGCUCUGAAGCUCCCCAUUGUUGCUGAGAUGACUUAGAGCUGUAACGGAAGUCCUAAGGGGACGGACCGGCCAUCCAGUUACUGCCUCCUGCUGACCAGUGGCCAGCAGCCGCCCGUGUGUGGAGCGAGCGAGCCCUCUGCCUCCUCACGGCUGGGGAGCCCGGGAGCCAGCUGCUGCCACACGUCUCGGGCGCUCGGUGGCACCUUCUCCAAGUGCGUUUGACGAGGGAGAGUCUCGCACCAAGACCUGCCUGCUUUCCGGGCCGGGGCGGCCGCUGCCUGACACCUUCCCGGCCGCCCCGAGAGGCACGGCGACUUUCCUCAGUGUUCACGCGUGACCACGGCCACUUGAGGGUGACUUGUCUCCGUUCCUCGUGCGUUCGUGUGGGGUCUGUCCCCGGCCACCAGGUCUGGGCUCACCCUGCCCGUGAGUCCGCGUCCCCAGGACCCGCUGGAGCGAGACGGGAGGUGCUCCCUGCGCCCCAGGGAGAGGCUGGGAGGCCGAGCAGACCCAAUGCGUGGCCUCGGCUGUAAGUGCGUGUGAGGACGUCCACGGCUCUUGCCCACGAGUGGGCUCUGCCUCCUCCGCAAACUGUUCCUAAGUUUCCACGCUCAGGUGCCGCGUGGGCGUCACUCUGUGCCAUCCGUGUCCACGCACCAUCCGGGCACCAGGUGGGCAGCACGGGGCCUCCUGGUGGAGGGGAAGGGGUGGGCAGGUGGGCAGCACAGGGCCUCCUGGCGGAGGGGGAGGGAGUGGGCAGGUGGGCAGCACGGGGCCUUCUGGCGGAGGGGUGGGGGUGGGCAGGUGGCGGUGUGACUGGGAAGAGGCUCCCCUCAGCCUGGUUCUCGGGCAGGAGCCGAGGGCAGCGGAGUCCCGGUCCAAGCCCAGUUCCCGCUGAUCAGCCGCGUGGCCUGGGGCAGGUCACUGCGUCCCCGGAGACUGUCUCCCUCCACGAGUCGGGGAGCCUCUGGCUCAGGCCACAGGUCGGCCGAUGACACUCGGACGGAGCAGCAGCCCCUCUUGCCCACAGUUUCCGUUCCCAGGGUUUCAGUUAACCUGGGUCCGAGAGUAUCGAAGGAAAAAUUCCAGAAAUAAACCAUUUAUACGUUUAAA